AUGGACAAAGAAUUUUUAGAACCAAUACACUGUCACAAAUGCAAAAAAACUAAAAAAUUUAAACCAAUCAAGGUUCAAACAACAAAUGGUCUAUAGAGAAUUUUAAGACAAUGUUUAAAAUGUAAAAUAAACAAAAGUAAAUUUAUUAAAACUCCUUUAGGAAAAGAAACAAUCUCAAAAAUAAAAUUUGAAAAAAUAACAGAACAAGAUAAACUAAAUAUUGCAAAAGAACUUCAUAAACCAGUAAGAUCUCUAUUUCUAAAAAGGAAAAUAAAAACACAUGGUAUUGAUGAUUUGUGGGCUGCAGAUUUAGUUUUAAUGAGAAAUUAUGGUGAUAAAAAUUCAGGUUAUAUUUGUUAAAUGUUAUAGACACUUUAUCAAAAUUUGCUUGGUUGAAUCUCUUAAGAAAAAAGAUGGAAAAAAUGUUACUAAGGUUUUGAAGAAAUAAUAAAAAGAGCUAAACUACAGAAACAUAAUUCACCAACAUUACUUCACACUGAUAAAAGAACAAAGUUUGUAAAUAAACAGUUUAAAGAAAUGUUAACAAAACACAAUAUAAAAUUAUAUCACACAAAACGAAGAGAAAUCUGCAAUUAUUGAACGUUUCAACAGAACUUUAAAGGGUAAAAUGAGAAUAUAGUUUGAAGUUCAGAAAAAUAAAAGAAUGGUUGAUAUUUUACAAGAUUUAUUAAACGAAUAUAAUUUCAAAGAUAUUCAUUGAACAAUUGGAAUGAUACCAUUUAAAGUAAACAAAUCUAAUGAAGAAAAAGUUUUAAUUAAAUUUUUCCCUGAUGAAAUAUCUAAAUCAAAAAUUAAAUUUAAGAUUAUUGAUAGGGUUCGAAUAAAGAAGUUCAGAAAAGCGUUUGAUAACAAAUAUAACUCUAAUUGGACAAGAGAAAUUUUUAUUAUUACAGAAGUAUUGAAAACAAAUCCAAUUACUUUAAUAAAGUUAAAGACUUAAAUAAUGAAAUUAUUGAAGGAAAUUUCUAUAAUGAAGAAUUACAAAAAACUAAAUUUUGAAAUUUAAAAAUUGUAACACUUAACAAUAAUUAAACUGUAUAUUUUAAACAAGAUUGUCUUAUUUAAAAUGAAUUUGAAAAAAAAAAAUUGAAAUUAAAAAUUGAAUCUUACUUAAAGAAAAUAUAUCCUAUAAUAAAAUGGAAGAAAAUAUUAAUGUUAGAACAACUUUAAAAAAGGCCUGUAACAUGUGUGGAAAAUCAACUACAUAUAAAAAUUGGUCUAGACAUUUAAAAUCAUUAAAACAUCAAAGAAAUGAUUCAAAUGGAACUAUUGAAACUAGUUUUCAUGAAAAAACUAAUCAGAGAAUUAGAAAUAGUAUCCCAACACUUAGAAAAGAGAGAACAAUAAAACCUCACAGUUUUCUGCAAAUUUUCUAUAGAUAUUAUUGAGAAAAGAUCAACUAAAAAAAUGAUUGUAGUAGAAUAUAUUUUGAAGAUAAGAUUCCAACACACAUAAUAUUCUCAAAGUUGGAUGAUUAUUAUUUAUUUGAGAGAGAGAGACCUGUUUUAAUGAUUGUUGAUAUUACUACUGAUAAUCGGUCUGCUUUUAAAGAGAGAAUAUUAUCAUUUACUGUUGAAAAUACACGACAAUUUAAAGAUAUCAAUCAAUUUUUGAAUUAUUCAAAAAAGUUCGUUGAGAAAAAAAUGUUAGAAUAUUUAAAAGAGAAAGUUAAUUUUAAAAUAUCUAUUAUAGUAAAUUGUAAAUAUAUCAAGAAAAAUGCAUCAAACAAGGAAAUAUAUACAGGCUUUAGAUCAGAAAGUGAACGUUUCCUUCAUUCUAGUAAUUUCAAUGAAUUUUAUAACAAUGUGAAAAAAACAAUUCAAUCUCGAGAAGAUGCUUUUACAGCUAAGGGUUCUGGUUGGAUAUUUAACCAGGUUAUAAAUAUGAACAUAAACAUGUAUAAAUAUAAUCCACUUAGAGGGGCAUCAAAUAUUGAAUUACCAAAAAUGAUAUCUGAUAAAAAAAGCUAUCAACAUUAAAAACGAAGAUAACAAAUGUUUUCUUUGAUCAAUUCUUGCUGCUUUACAUCCAGUGAUAAAGAUGCAAAUAGAGUUAGCAAAUAUAAAGAAUGGGAAAAUGAAUUUGAUGAAGUAUUUAAAAGUUUAAAAAUUGAAUUUCCAGUUAAAUUAAAAGAUAUUCCUAAAUUCGAAAAAAAAAAACAAAUAUGUCGAUUAAUGUGUUUACUUAUGAAGAUAAUACAGAUAUAGUACCACUACAAAUAUGUGAUAUUCAAAAAGAAACUCAUAUUAACUUAUUUUAUAUUAAAGAAAAAAAUAAUGAACAUUAUUGUUUGAUUAGAAACUUAAUGCGAUUAGUUGGUUCACAAAAAACAAAACAUGUCCACAAAGCACAUUUAUGCAACAUGUGUUUAUCUCAUUUUCUUAGUGAAGAAAAUCUAACAAACCAUGAGAAAUAUUGCAGAAAUAAUAAAUGUGUUAAUGCAAUAUUAUCGAGCAUAUCUAAUUGUUUUCUUUAAUUUGAAAAAUACAAUCAAUCUUAUAAAGUUCCUUUUGUUAUUUAUGCUGAUUUCGAAAGUAUGUUGUCCAAAAUUGAUACAUGUCAACCUUCUGAUACAAAAACAUAUCAAAACCAUUUAUCUAUUCGUUUUUGUUAUAAUGUUAAAUAUAGUAAUACUAGUAAAAGUAAUCUAGUAACAUAUUCAGGUGAAGAUGCAGCAAAAGUUUUUUAUGAGAAAAUAAAAGAUGAAGCUUUAUAUUGCAAAAAAAUUAUUUAAAUGUAAAAAAACCUAUCAUAACAACCAAAGAACAAGAAACUGAAUUUAAAAAAAAAAAUAACUCAUAUAUGUGAAAAAUCUUUAAGUGAUUUACCACCAAUACUAGUGAAAAAAAAAAUAGAAUACUUGAUGAAACUAUUAAUUAUUGGCAAUCUGAAAAGUUUGACUUUGCUAUGACAUAUUGGUAUCUUAUAAUAAAAGGAGUAUCAAUAGUUGAGGAUAAGAAUGAAGAGAAAAUUUUGAUUUAGAAAAUAUUGAAGAUAUAGAAAAAGAAAUUGAAUAUUUUAUGAAAAAAAACAGAUGUUCUUUGAAGAUCUUGAAGAUAAUAUGAAAAAGGCUAAAGAUCACAAUCACUUAACAGGAAAAUAUCGAGGAGCUGCUCAUUCUAUAUGUAACUUAAAUUAUAAGGUUCCUAGAUUUAUUCCAUUAUUUUUCCACAAUCUAUCUGGUUAUGACACACAUUUAUUCAUAAAAGAAUUAGGUAUUGAUAAAGAUAAUAUAAAAACAAUUGCAAUUAGUGAAGAAAAUAAAAUUAUAUAUCAUUUUCAAAAAAUAUAAAAUAUUUACAUAUAGAUCCAAUUACUAAAAACCCUGUUAUAGAUCAGAAAGGAAAACCUAUUUUUAAAACAGUUGAAAUAAGAUUUCUUGAUUCUUUCAAGUUCUUAUCUAGUUCUUUAAAAAAUUAG